UGUGAACCACUGCUAGCCGCUGUAAAAGUGAAACACAAUCACCGUUCUCUCCUGUCGCUUGCGAUCGGCGAACCUCUCCGCGUUGUUCAAGGAGAAUAUGUUGCUACAUUGUGGUGUUCGGUGUUCUGUGAUUUAGGUUCUUCAUAUAGACUUUUUACUGCUAUGGACCCAUCUGCUGAAGAUAAGUAUAAAGAGGAGUAUGCUGCUUUCAAAGAGAUGGUGAAGAGGACUGUUUAUCUUGACAACUUGAGACCUCAAGUCACUGAUGCAGUUAUAAGAACUGCACUUGAUCAAUUUGGUAAGGUGGUCAAGGUCCAGUUGGUUUCCAACUUGAUAGGCCCCGAGAAUAUCUCAUCUGCUGCUUUAGUAGAGAUGGAAAAUGCAGAGCAAGCUAAUCAAAUCAUAACGGAAUUGGCUUCUUAUCCGUUUAUGAUAUCUGGGAUGCCAAGGCCUGUAAGGGCAAUUGCUGCUGAGAUGGAGAUGUUUGAUGAUUGCCCAAGGAAGCCAGGUGGACGGAUACAGUGUCGCUGGUUGAAUAAAAAGGAUCCUGAUUUUGAGGUAGCGAUGAAGAUGAAAAGUGCGGUUCUAAAACAUGCUUCUGAGGCUACAUCCCUACUCCAGCAUCAACUUCUGGCAGAAGAAAAUAUUCAUAAGAAGCAAGCAGAGUCCCUGAAAGCAAACCACAAGAAGCUUGAGCUGAUUGAAAGAGCUUUAUCAGAUGGGACUGCUAAGAAGUUAGGAAGCUGCUACAACAUAAACAUACACGAUUAGGGUAUAGGUCUGAUGAUAGAGAUAAAUGGGAAAUCAAGAUAGCAGAGUAUUCGUGAAAUAGUUCUUCUUUGGACCUGAAAGGGUAAGAGGCUGAUCUCUAACAGUGCAGAGGAAAAUUUUAAGUAUGUCUGACGUAAUGUUUUAUGUAGCAGUAACGGAUUAAAACCAAUAGCCUAAGUAACGCAGAUUAGUCUUGGAUGAGCUCCACUAUUGCUGUGGCUUUCAUGCAUUCAGAAAAUAUUUUGCUAUCUGCUCUUAUACUUGCUAAAACGUGUUAUCUUUACACUCUUUGUGCCGCCUUAUGGUGGCUGUUACUAUAACUUUAGCUUGUGAAGUCAUUAUGCCUUUUUGUGGUGGUAAACAGAAGUACAUACCGGUGCUAAUGUUGCUUUAUAGAAUCACAGAAUGAUACAAUUUGUAUUAUGGUAUUCUAAAGCAAAGUUUCAGUGCUUAAUCAA